UAUCAGAAGAAAAUGACGUUUUAGGGAAAGGGAUUGGAAUGAUCUUUCUCGCUCUCUCACACAUCAUUAUUCAUUUAUUUUAUCUCCCUUUUCUCAUCAAUUCUUUAAGAAAGUCCAAAAUUCGAGGUGGGUCUUGUUGAAUUUCACACGAAUUAUUAACCAAAAAAAAAAAAAACAACAACAAUAAGAAGAUACCCACCAAGUCAAAGUGAUCAAAGUUUUGGAUCUUUUGCAAUAAAGUUUUGUAUGUUUAUACUAUUUCAGGGUCCUUUCUUUUUUUCUGUCAAAGUUAACUUCUGGGCAAUCUCCAUAUUCUCUUUUGAGGUUCAAGUAUUAGUUGUUGACUUUUUUUUCUUCUAACUUUUUUUUGUCAAACUUGAUGGGUUUUAGGGAUUCCCAAUUUUGAGCGAAAAGGCUUCUUUGUUGUAUAAUCAGGGUUUUAGAUACUUACCCAGUUUGUUGUAAUUUGUAAAAAUUAAUUAAUUUCUUUUCUUGUUCACUUGUUGUAUCAGCAAAACUUCCUCUUUGUCUUCUUCAAUCUUUCCUGGGUUUGUUUCUGGGUUUUUGAAGUUUGUUGUUAAUAUUUGGGUAUCCGAAGGAUAAUUUUUUGUGUGUUUUGUAUUUUGAGUGAAUUAUUGAAUUGGGCUUUUGAAGGAUUUUUUAAAAAUUUUGUGUGUAUUGCCAACUUCUGGUUGGGAGAAAUUUGGGUAGCAGGAAAAGUGAAGUUUGGUGCAAAAGAUGGUGCAAGCUUGAUAUCAGUGAUGCCGAGCUUUAUUCCCUCCCUCCCUAUCUCCAAUUCUAUUUUAACAGAGGGUAACAACACAAGUACUUCUCGGAUUUCUGAACUUGGUGCUUUUGAGCAAUCACUUGAUUUUCGUAUAGAAGAUGAUGUCGAUCUCAGGAACCCUGUAUUCAGUUCGUUGAAGUCUUCUAGUCUGACUGUAGGCGCUGAUCUCCAAUUUGGAUCUUUCAAUAAGCUAUCACAGCCCAACUUGGCUUCUGCAAGUGGGAGUCAUCGUGAAAAUUGGGCAGAAUCCAAUAUGGCUGAUGUGAGUCCUAGAAGUGAUUCUUCAUCAGAUGAUACUGAGGAUAGGAAUCUACAGUUUGAAGCAGGUCAAACCAACACCAGGACUGCUUCUGAUUCCAGUGAGAGAUCCAAAGAAAAGGUUACGGAUCAAAAGUCACUCCGACGGCUAGCUCAAAAUCGUGAAGCUGCUAGAAAAAGCCGCUUACGGAAAAAGGCAUAUGUACAACAGCUAGAAAAUAGCCGACUGAAGCUGACCCAGCUUGAGCAAGAGCUCCAACGAGCCCGUCAGCAGGGAAUUUUCAUCUCAAACGCUGGUGAUCAAUCACAUGCAAUAGGUGGAAAUGGUGCCUUGGCUUUUGAUGCGGAGUAUUCUCGAUGGCUAGAAGAACAGAACAAAAUGAUUAAUGAACUGAGGACUGCAGUAAAUUCACAUGCUAGUGAUACUGAACUGCAUACAGUUGUUGACAAUGUAGCUACACACUUCAAUGACAUUUUCAGGCUUAAAGGUGUUGCUGCAAAGGCUGAUGUCUUUCACAUCUUGUCUGGAAUGUGGAAGACUCCUGCAGAACGUUGCUUCAUGUGGAUUGGCGGCUUUCGCCCGUCAGAACUCUUGAAGCUUCUGGUGAAUCAGUUGGAGCCCUUGACAGAGCAGCAGUUAGUGGGCAUCUACAACUUGCAGCAGUCCUCUCAGCAGGCAGAAGAAGCCUUAUCGCAAGGAAUGGAAGCACUGCAGCAGUCUCUAGCUGAGACAUUAGCCAGUGGUACACCAGGCCCUUCUGGCUCAUCCGGCAAUGUAGCAAACUAUAUGGGCCAGAUGGCAAUGGCCAUGGGGAAAUUAGGAACUCUUGAAGGAUUUCUGCGCCAGGCCGAUAACCUACGUCAACAAACACUACAGCAGAUGCACCAUAUAUUAACAACUCGACAAUCUGCACGUGCUGUUCUAUCUAUACAUGACUAUUUCUCAAGGCUUAGAGCGCUCAGUUCUUUGUGGCUUGCUAGGCCGCGUGAUUGAGUAGUAUCUUCAAGUACCUUUUUUCAUACAAUAAGUAAUAAGUUUGCUGUGACUAGUUAUACUGUGUGUGGUUAGUGUAGGUAAUGAGAACAUGUGUUCGUGUUUCCUUGUUCAAGUUGAUGUAAUUUAAGGUAUUGUUAGGUUGAUGUUAAAGUAAUUAGAGAAGGGUUUUUUUUUUUUUUUUUUGGUAUUUUAGGCAGUACCAUGAUAUGUGAAAGUGUAGAUUUUCUCUUACGACAAGUAAUACUAGUUUUUUUUUUUCUUUUG